CUCGGUAACAAGAAGUGCCCAUCUUAGGUUUCAAUCACGGGAAAUGUUGCGACUUUCGUACAUAAGGCUGGCUUUUACUUUGACGAUAACCUUCCUUCACCCGAACUUACGUAAGUGAAGUCUCAUUACGUUUCGGCGCGAGACCAAAAAAAAAAAAAAAAAAAAAAAAAAAUGGCAACCUUUUAAAAUGUUUUUUGACCAUUGUAUUUCUCUUUCAAUAUUUCCAAAGUAAUUUAUUUGCUUUUACUUCAUUAUUUCUUUUCAUGUAAUGUCUUAGCCCUAGGAAUUUUUUUAUAUUUUUUUAUAUUUUUUAUAGUUAGUGGGGAACGAGGUUAAUCAAUAAGACGUUAUGCGAGAAACGAUGUUACUCUAUAAGACGUUAUGGAUAAGUACGAACGACACUUGUGUUGAGAAGAGUAAACCGCUAAAUUAAUUUUUUUUUUUUUUAAAUGAAUAUGAACAAUUCUUUUCUAAAGAUUCAGCUUCAAUAAAAUCUUCAAACAAUGAAUAUCAUACCUCAAAUCAUAUCAUGGUGUGGGGAAAAAAGAGGGGAGGGGGGUAAUUAGCAUAUCUAAUAUUGCUAUGAUUCCUAGAUUUGGGGGGGGGGGGUAAAUUAUCAUAUCUAAUAAUGCUUAGACUCGCUUACGCAUUUGCAUUUCUGUGUGGGUGUGUAAUAAAAAGGAUGUCUUUUUUUUUAAAUUGACCAAGAAUUGUUCCAAUUCGGAAAGUUAAAGAAAUAAAACGUAAUUAUUAUGUGUUUUAAUUUAUGUUUAAGGCUUUGUAUGGCCUUGUAUGGCUCUUUGUAUGGCUCUGUGUAUGGCUCUGUGUAUGGCUCUGUGUAUGGCUCUGUGUAUGGCUCUGUGUAUGGCCUUGUAUGCUUCUGUGUAUGUGUAUGGCUCUGUGUAUGUUAUUGAAUGGCUCUCUUUAUAGCUUUGUAUGGCUCUGUGUAUGGCCUUGUACGGCUCUGUGUAUAGCCUUGUAUGGCUCUGUGUAUAGCCUUGAAUGGCUCUGUGUAUAGCCUUGUAUGGCUCUGUGUAUAGCUUUUUAUGGCUCUGUUUAUGGCUUUUUAUGGCUCUGUGUAUGGCCUUGUAUGGCUCUGUGUAUAGCCUUGUAUAGCUCUGUGUAUGACCUUGUCUGGCUCUGUGUACGGCCAAUUUGGAAUUAACCAUAAAGAAAUGAGCGACAGCUAAGAUUCUGAAUCUACAAAAACGAUCAGAAAGGUUUUGUUGUGGCGUUGGAGGUGGGGGGGGGGAGGGGGGCGCGCUUCUCCAUUUGCCAAACAACUCAGUUAAAUGCUUAUAUCAUAAAUAUUCUUUAUCAACGAAAUCUGUCUUCAGCGUUUCGAGUUUUAUUCACGAUACAUAAGGUUUUAUUUUUCUUGUCUUGUUUCGCCACGGACUCGUGCAGACACUUCUAUUUCUGUCGAUAGCUAAGGCCGGUAGACGUUGUCAUGGGUUUAAAGAUUACGGCACAUAAUGAAACACAAAAGCAGAUUGAAAUACAGACAUAGAAGAAUUUUUUUUUUUUCAAAAUGUUCUUAUCAAUAUUAUCAUGCUAGACACAGAAACUCACAGACCUACUAGAAUGGUGGUUAAGGUGCCAGGUUGUAACUUUAGUAUUGUGUUUAUUUUGACUCGCAGAAUUUUCGGGCUAAAAGCAGAAUCAUUUUCUUGCAGGGCGUUACGAAAAUCUUGGCCCACCCCAGGCCGUUACCAAUCCUAACUUCGCCACUGCGCAAGCUUUUGACUUAACAUUCGUUCUAAGAAGGACACUGUCAUGUGUUUAGUUUUUCUUCAAUGUCUUUUCAAACGUCAAAGGGUUUCAAAUUAUUAUAAUUUUUUUCGAAGACCCGGACUUCAGGUUCUGCCUGGCUGAACUGAUCAGAACUCAUUGCGAUGAGCGCAGCACGUGCUUCGAGGUCAACAACAACAACAAGAACUGGAACGAGGCUCAGGUAAUCAACAUUUCGAUUCCACGUUUCAACUUUGUUGAGAAAAGUUCAAUGCGAUACGAAUCAAUUAGGAUCCUUUAAAAAAAAAAGUUUUUAAUAACAGUCGACUGAUUGUCAGUGGGCUGACAGAAAGAAAUCCCCAAUCAAUGAAUUUCGAAAGCCCCCCCCCCCCCCACAAAUAGAUUUGAAAACAUGUCCAAGUCGAUCAAAUGGAAACAAGGACUACCUGAUAUAAACCCGAGCCAUUUGAAACAGCUGACUUUUGUGGUGGUGCGUGUGUGUAAAUAAUUGCUUUUUAAAAAAUUAUGAAAGUUUCUGGAAAAAGUUCUUCUUUUCUCAAAUGACCUUUUCCAUUUCACGUGUCACGAGAAAGCCCUUAUAUGAAAGUAAGACAUCUACAGUAAAAGUUCUCGCUAUGAUGUCUGUAUAAGCUUAAGUCCUCCACUUAUAUACUGUCUAAGCUUAAGUCCUUCACUUAUAUACUGUCUAAACUUAAGUCCUUCACUUAUAUACUCACAUUUUCAUAUUAACUGUUUUUGAAUAUAAAUGUAUUAAAUGUUAAAAAAUCAUGAUGGAAUUUUUCCUGUUUUUUUUUUUACUUUUUAUAAAAUUGAAGACUAUUGUAAGCAAUUCAACAGAAACAAAUUGCUUACUUAGUAACUAUUGAAUUCCUUUUCUAAAUUUCUCUUUAACGCGGGGGCAUUUGUUUUUCAUUUUUUUUAAAUGAACUGACGACUCAUAUAUUGGUGUCCAUACAGUGUUAUAAGCUACGUUUACAGGAGAAAAAAAUUAUUAUUCUACAGAUUUGCUGUGAGUACGAGAACAUGACGCUGGCCAUCGUCAAAAGUCGCGCAUUACUGAUUCAAGUCAUUGGAAACUUCACGGGUAGAAUGAUAACUUAACACGACGUUGCAUAAAAUAUGGAUUGAAGUUUAUCUAUUGAUUUCAAUUACAUGUAUUAAUUUAUUUUAGUGAUUAUUAUUUUUCAAAAUUGCAGUUGUUGUUUUUUUCCUAGCGCCUCGCUCGGUGUUUUUCAUUAAUAAAUAUCUUGUUUGUCAUUGUUUGUUUUUGUUCGGCUCUGUUUCUUUCACUUCGUUGAUCUAAAAUUGUCUGUCUGUUUAGAGUAAAUGUCGUCCAUCACUAGCCAAUGAUCACCAGCCAAGUCCUACAUUAAUAGCGUAUCGCCCAGACAAAGGGUGGGCAAAAAAUGUUCCUUCAGGAGGACGCAUGGUAAAUUAUCAUUAUCAGUUUUUUCUUGUUGAGUGUUUACCUUGUGAGAGUUUCAUCCGAAUCUAAGUGUUUCUAUUUCGAUCAGACGCCACCAAUUUGCUUUGAAGUGUCGCUCCGAGUUCAUUUUGAAACUAACCUGGGGUGUUGUUUACAAAAAAAUAUGCUUUGAUUUCCCCCUUUGUAUUUUAACCAGUUUACACUGAGAAGUUUUUCAACUCAAAGUCUUAACACAUACUCUUUAACAAUAUGAAGAUUUAAAGAAAACAUGAAUCCCGUUCCAGUAUUUUUGCGGGUCUCAUUAAAAUUGGCCUCCUGGGGCCCACAGGUUGCCCACCCAUAUGCUCCCGUGAUUGUUCUUCAGCCUCUGUAAAGGCUGACAUUCCCCCUCCCCCUCCACACCUCUUCCCUCCCGUCUUCAGUUGACAUCUGGGUCGGCGCCAAAGAAGAAAAACAGGCCAAUUCCUUCAUGUGGUUCUACAACGGUGAGGUUCUGCCCCAGGACAUGCUAAAUGGAAAAGCCACUGACGCGGAGGAAAAGUGUGUGUACAUCAAUAAGGAGUUUAACCUGGGC